AUGCCGCGUGAGGCCGCCAGUGGCCUUUGGCGCUCAGAGGACAUGGUGAUGCUGCAGCUCACCAUGCAGCGGGAGGCGGCGCACGACUCUGUUCUCAAACUCGGGCAGCUUGCGGGAUUUCAAUUUCUUGAUUUAAAUAACGACGUGAGUGCCUUCCAGCGGGACUUUGUGCAGGAGGUGCGGCGCUGCGACGAUAUGGAGCGCAAGUUGCGUUAUUUGCAUGAAGAGAUUCAGCGGUCGGGCGUGACGGGCAUCCCGGACGAGGUGACGGAGCGGGAGACGAUGUUUUCACUGGAGCAUAAAGUGGAUGAACGCGAGAGUGAGGUGCGGGAGUUGAAUGAACAGUAUCAGUCUCUCAUUGAGGAACGUAAUCGCUCACGUGAGCAUUUGGAAGUGCUCAGUCGCGAGUUCGGCGGUGCCUCCGCAACGAGUCAGGGACUUAAUUUAUUAACAGGUGUUAUUCCAAAAGAUCGUGUGCCAACAUUGGAGCGCCUUGUCUAUCGCACCACCCGUGGAAACUCUGUGAUGCAGACAGAUGAUAUUAAGACACCAUUUUACAGCAUUACCACAAAUCAACCAGUUUAUAAGUGUGUUUUUGGAAUUUAUUUUCCAGCCCCUCGUUUACGAGAAACCUUAAGGAAGAUUAGCGAGGUGAAUGGGGCUACACUCUAUGAAUAUGCCGAUAAUGAGGAAAGACUUCAAGGCAUGCGAGAUUCACUUCACAACCAAGUGGAAACUGUCACCCAUACACUGCAGCAGUCUGCAUUACGUCAGAGACAAUUAUUAAUGGGACUUGCCGGAAGUGUACAUGAAUGGCGUCGUGCUGUAGCUGUUGAAAAAGCAGUUUAUUCUACUAUGAACAUGCUGCGUUUUAGUGGAGCAACAGCUGUCGCUAAAGGUUGGGCACCUGUUAGAGCGAUGGACGAUAUAAGAAUGGUAUUACAAGAGGCAGAACACCUUAGUGGUGCACAAGUACUAACAAUUGUGGAAGAAUUAACAACAAAGGAAAAACCGCCUACUUAUUUCCGAACAAACAAAAUAACAAGUUCUUUCCAAAGCAUUGUUGACAGUUACGGUAUGGCUCGAUAUAAAGAAGUGAAUCCUGGUGUUUUUACAAUUGUUACUUUCCCUUAUCUUUUUGGUAUUAUGUAUGGUGAUAUUGGACACGGUGUAAUACUUACCGUUUUUGCAGCCUUUUUAAUUUUUAUGGAGAAGAGUUGGGAAGGAAAACCACUUAACGAAAUAUUUGCAAUGAUUUUUGAAGGUCGAUAUUUACUUCUUUUUAUGGGUUUAUUUGCCGUUUACCUCGGUUUCCUUUACAAUGAUAUGUUUGGCUUCUCUGUAGAGGUAUUUACUUCUGGUUAUCGAUGGCCACAAUUGCCUCCUAAUGGACCAGAAGGAAUAGUACAUCCCUCUUCACCAACAGGUGUAACACCUGCAAAUAGUGUUAUAUUUGGUAUUGAUUCCGCCUGGGCAGAAACCGAAAACAAACUGGAAUUUUAUAACUCUAUUAAAAUGAAAUGUUCUGUUAUUAUUGGAGUUAUUCAAAUGAUGGCAGGAGUUGUAUUAUCCCUUAUGAAUCACCUUUACUUUGGUGAUAAAUUGCAGGUGUGGUUUCGCUUUGUACCUGAGAUUGUUUUCCUUUCCUGUACUUUUGGAUAUAUGUGUCUUCUUAUCAUUAUCAAGUGGUGUACUCCGUGGGAAAAUCGCACACAUGAUGCUCCUUCUCUAUUGGAGACCAUGACAAAUUUCUUUCUUCAACCCGGUACUGUAACAGUGCCCUUGUACACUGGUCAAGCGGUUAUUCAAGUUAUUUUACUCAUUAUUGCCUUUGCGAUGGUACCGCUCCUUUUGUGUGUAAUUCCUUACAUGGAGAAAAAACAUCAUGAUGAGAAAAUGGCUCGUAAGGCUUUAUUACAUGAUGAAGAAGCUGAAGAAGACGAAUUUGAUUUUAGUGAGAUUAUGAUUCAUCAGGUCAUUCACACUAUUGAAUACGUUUUGGGUUGUGUUUCCAAUACAGCAUCCUACCUGCGUCUUUGGGCACUUUCACUCGCUCACUCACAGUUGUCUGAAGUCUUCUGGAAUUUUGCAUUUCUCAUGACAGUAGGUUUAGACAGUGGAUCAGGUAUUUUUGUAUUUAUUGGCUUCUGUGUGUGGAUGUGUGCGACACUUGGAGUUUUAUUGGGUAUGGAGUCUCUUUCCGCUUUCUUGCAUGCCCUCCGUUUGCAUUGGGUGGAAUUUAAUAAUAAAUUCUAUGCUGCAGAUGGUCACGCGUUUACUCCUUUUGAUGUAGCGGAAGUACUUAGAAAACUUAAUUAA